AUGGGGAUCUACUCAACGUUAUGGGAGGCCGACGACUGGGCAACACGUGGCGGGUUGGAGAAGAUCGAUUGGAGCAAAGCGCCGUUCUACGCUUAUUACAGGGAUUUCGACAUCGAAGGUUGCCCCGUUCCAGGACCGGCUAUCUGCCCAUCCAACCCUAAGAACUGGUGGGAAGGUUACGGCUACCAAACCCUAAACCCCGUUGAAGCCAGACGUUACCGUUGGGUCCGAAUGAACCAUAUGAUCUACGAUUACUGUACGGACAGGUCUCGCUACCCAGCUCCUCCGCCUGAGUGUCACGCUUGA